CAGGGUGGAAGCCCAUGCAUGUCAAAGGCAGGAGAGUUAGGUUCCACUCACCGGAUGUCAAAAGCAAGUGUCAUUUUUAAACGUAUUCAUUUGCAUUCUUUAUGCAAGUGAAGUCAGUGAAUGCCUGGAAGAACAAGAGUCCCAGAGGUCCCAGAGCCCAGAGAGAUCUAGAACGCAACCUCGCACAUUGGAUUCGCGUUCUGCCCCGUUUUCCUUUUUCGGUGGCAAGGAGAGUCUCCCGCCUCUUCUUCUUGGUUUAUUUGUUUUCGUCCUACCACCCCAAGUCAAACAGGUUUUCAUCCUGGCUGCAGUGAUAGUGACUAGUGAUAGCUCACAUUCUCACAUAUGGUUGUGGAAUCCCACCAAGUGCGAAUAGAGGGUGCCACUAGUGGCUUGUCAAGGAGUUUCCUGAUCCAGAUCCUAUACAUGUCAUUCUUUUUUGGCAUGUGGAUUUGGAAAAUAAGAAAUAUGAGAACGGAUGUCUCGUUUUUGUACACUGAAAGCACGCUCCGACCCAUGGCGGCCAAGACCCAUUUGACUUUCGGCUCAAGCUUGCCAUGGCCAGCGUUGCGCGUUGGGCGAGCGUUGGCCGGGUGAACAGUGAUGGUUUCUUGGGCGCAGGUGGCAGGUGGCGGGGAGAGCCGAGCCGGCCCAUCGUGGAGGGCCGAUCGGGUUUCUGACCACCGUGGAUGCCCGGAGGGGCCCUGGGUCUCAGGACAGGGCCGAUGGAAGGCAGAUCUACGUGAAGAGAUUGGUCCAGCUCCGAGAGCAGAAGAAGUGGGCAGAAGCUUUGGAUCUCCUGGGCCUCUUGCACCUUCGUCGUCUGGAAGCCAACGUCAUCUGCCGUGGUGCAGCACUGAGCUGUUGCGAGCGAGCCAAGCGAUGGCGUUGGGGAAUGCAGCUGCUGGAUUCUGGUGCCUUCAGUGUGAUUUCGCUGAACUCUGGGGUCUCCGGCUGCGGGCGAGCACUGGCGUGGCAAAUGGCUUUGGAGCUUUUGAAGCGACACGCAGGGCGUGGGGCUGAGGGGUUGCCCUCCUGGAACGCGGCGGCCAGUGGCCUUGUUGGUGGUCGCACUUGGCGACUGGCGCAAGGGCUGCUGGGUGAGAUGAUGGGAGAUGGGCCUCAGCCGGACCUCAUCUCCUUUGGCAGCGUGAUGCGUGGACCUCUCUCCGCCUGGCCAGAAGCCUCGGCACUGCUGGAUGAGGCAAGAUGGCGCCAGCUUCAACCAGGGAUGCACCUCUUCAAUGCAGCGAUCAUUUGCUUGGGUGAAGGUGCUGCAUGGGAGCAGGUGCUCCACUUGUUCACUGGCCUCGACGCCCCGGACGCCGCCACACGCCACGCCGCCAUCAGCGCGGCGGCGAACAGCGCGGCCACGCGGGCAGCAGUGGCACUCGUUGCGCCCGCGGUGGAUGUCGUUGGGGUGACGGCCGCGCUGGGUGCUUUGGAUGGUCAGUGGCUUUUGGCCUUCGAAUUACUCCUCGAGCUCCGAGCAGCUCAAGGGCGUUUGGACUCCCAGUGCUGUGGCUCCGCUGUCGGUGCAGUGGGGCGCUGGGAGAUGGCGCUGCAGCUCCUGACGCUUGGGAGGUCUUGGGAGAUUCCUCCAGACCUCAUCUCCUGCAAUCGCGUGCUCUCAGUACUGGAGCAGCAGGAGCAGUGGAGGGUGUCUAGUCAGCUCCUAUCUGGUCUCGAUGAGACAGACCUGGUGAGCCUCAAUGAAUUGCUGAGAGCCUUUGAGAAGGCGAGGCAAUGGCAAAAAGCCUUCGAACAGAUGUGCUCCAUGCGGGUGCGGAGGAACGACAUCGACGACAUCAGCUGUGUGGCACUGCUGGGCGCCUGUGAGAAGGUCGCACUGUGGCGCCACGCGCUCCAAGUACUACCACCAGGCGCCAACAUCGCACAGCUCAACACGGCGUUCGCGUCCUGCGAGAAGGGGCGACGCUGGGAAGAGGCGCUUGGGCUGCUGAGGAGCAUGCGAAGGCAGAGGGUGGCGCCAGAUGCGAGGAGCCUGGUCUCAGUCAGCUGUGCGUGCGCAGGUGCAAGGCAAUGGGAAGCUGCCUGGAGCUGCUUGCAGGAGGUUGGAACGAAUGGGAGAAGCAAGAGAAGCAACCACUCCUUGAUCUUGGCCUAUGAGGCUCUCCUUGCCGCCCUGGCCGUUCCACCGUUGGACGCUGCGCAUGCGCAGCUGGCAGCGCAGCUGGAGUUCUUUCUAGCCCUGGAAGGUCUCUCCUCCUUGCACUCCUGGCGCUGUUCUGUGUGACGGGUGCUGUGUGACCCUUCGGACAGUGGCAGCGCCUUCGAGACUUGUAGGUUUGCCUGCGGAGAAGAGACCAUGCAG